AUGGAGCGUAGAGAUUCUACCAAACGGAAGGAGGAGGGAAUUUUGUGCACUUACUGUGUCCAGACACCUGUGGCUGCCACUAAAACAUGUAUUCAUUGUGAAGCCUCGAUGUGUGAAGAACAUCUCAAGACACACAGCAAGUCUGCAGAGCAUGUCAUGGUGGAGCCCACCACUUCCAUUAAGGACAUGAAAUGUCCCAUUCACGAUAAGAUGAUCGAGUUCUGCUGCACCAAGGACGGGGCUUGCAUUUGCGUGUCAUGCUGCAUUAUUGGAGAUCAUCGAGGACACAAAGUGGAUCCGCUAAAGGAUGCCUUGGAAAAGAGAAAGGCGAGUCUGAAGGACAUCUUAGAUAACUUGACUUUGGAGGGUGAGGAGAAUGAGCACAAGCUUGAAAAGCUGCUGAAGAACCGUGGAAGUGUCCAAGAAGCUGCUUCUGGGGUCAAUGAAAGAGUGACAGCUCUCUUUAGAGAUAUCAAGGAGCAACUUGAAGCUCUGCAAACAAGAGCCACCAGCGAGGUCUCCAGACAAGAGCAGCAGGCAACGUUCAGAAUGAACGACUUAAUCCAGCAACAUGAAACAAAGAAGGAUGAGCUCCACAAAAAAAUAGAGAGCAUCAAGGAGCUACACAGUGUGACAGACCCAUUAACUGUGCUCAGAGGAACUCCUCAUGAAGGAAUCAAACGCAUGAGUUCUCGAAAGGUCAGCGACAGCGAAGCCAACCUAGCUGCAAGUAUAGAUGAGAACCCAAUUUCUCUUAUAUUACAUAUGGGCCUGCAAAGCUUUGCUGGAAGUGUGCUGGAGCUUAAGACCAUACGCCAGUUUUCCAGUUUGAAGAAGACCGACCUCUCGUUGGACAUAAAUACAGCUCACAGCAAAAUAAUUCUAUCUGGUGAUCUUAAAUCGGCUUCUUACUCUGCCGCCUCUCAGAAGUACCCCGAGACGCCAGAGAGAUUUAAAUCCUGCCAGGUCUUAAGCACCAACAUAUUUACAUCCGGACAGCAUUACUGGGAAGUGGACGUGAGUCAGGCCUCAAGAUGGAUCCUUGGCGUAGCCUGUAACAGCAUCGAGAGGAAAAUCCCUGGCAACGAGUCUUUCAUCGGAUACAACAAUAAAUCCUGGACCAUGUUUUAUCAAAAGUUCCUAGGAGUAUCCCACAACAACGUCCAGAGCACAAUUUCUACUGACACCGCAGUGAAAUCUGUUGGAAUACACCUAGACUAUGAUAGUGGCUACAUAUCCUUUUAUCAGGUGAACCCAACCAGACAUCUACAUACUUACACCACCUGCUUCACCAAGCCCCUCCAUGCUGCUUUCUACAUUUUCGAAAACUGCUCCCUCCAAAUUAUGGACUAA